AUGGCAUCUGAAUCUCCCCGCAAAUGUAUCGGAGUGGAUUGCUCAAACAACGCGGGUACUCUGCAAUGCCCGACCUGCCUCAAGGCAGGCACCGACAGUUUCUUCUGCUCGCAGGACUGUUUCAAGCGCAGUUGGGCUGAACACAAAACCAUUCACAAGAAGAGUAACUUCCUCUCCAAUCUGUUCCCUCCGAAGGUAGUUUCUGAACCUGAUCCAGCAACCGGCAACUUCAACCCCUUCCCUUCUUUCCAAUUCACGGGUAGCUUGCGACCUGUCUACCCGCUCUCACCGAAGCGCACUGUCCCCACCUCCAUUCCCUACCCCGACUACGCCAAGAAUGGUAUUCCGAUCUCCGAGCAGCGCCUCUUCGGCCAGCGCAGCAUCAAGAUCUUGAACAAAGAGGAGCAGGAGGGUAUGCGUAUCGUCUGCCGUCUGGCCCGUGAGGUUUUGGACAUUGCCGGGCGCGCAGUGAAGCCUGGUGUGACGACCGACUACAUCGAUGAGGUGGUCCACAAGGCUUGUCUUGAACGUGAUUCCUACCCUUCCCCGCUCAAUUACAUGCACUUCCCCAAAUCCGUCUGCACGUCCGUCAACGAGACCAUUUGCCACGGCAUUCCCGAUCAGCGCCCUCUGAAGGACGGAGACAUUGUCAAUAUCGACGUGACCCUGUACCAUAAGGGCUUCCACGGCGACAUCAACGAGACUUACUACGUCGGAGACAAAGCGCUUGCCAAUCCCGAGGCGGUUCGCGUGGUCGAAACCGCACGUGAAUGUCUGGACAAGUCAAUCGAGUUGGUAAAGCCCGGCAUGCUGUUCCGCGAUCCUGGCAAUGUCAUCGAGAAGCACGCCAAGUCCCGCGAUUGCAGUGUUGUCAAAACUUACUGCGGCCACGGUAUCAACCAGCUCUUCCACUGCACCCCCAAUAUUCCUCACUACGCCAAGAACAAGGCCGUCGGCACCGCUAAGCCCGGUAUGUGCUUUACCAUCGAGCCGAUGAUCAACACUGGUACCUACCGCGAUCGCACAUGGCCCGAUGACUGGACCAGCACCACUGCGGAUGGCUCUUUGUCAGCACAGUUCGAGCACACUUUGUUGGUGACUGAGGACGGUGUUGAGGUUCUUACUGCGCGUUUACCGGAUUCGCCUGGCGGUCCCGUCCCGAUGCCCGCGGCGAACGGGAAUUGA